AUGGCAACGUCGUAUGAUCAAGUCGUUCUCUUUGGCGACUCCCUCUUCCAAGGGGCAACCGACAUCCUCGAGGGCUUCUCGUUCCAGGCGGCUCUUCAGAAGCAUUGUAUUCGUCGUCUUGACGUGGUCAACCGAGGGUUCUCCGGCUGGAACACUCAGGAUGCACUGAGGUAUUUGCCAGAGAUCUUCCCAGCCAAAGGUUCCAAUGAGACAUCCGCCCCACGGUUGAGAUACCUUCUCAUACUUCUGGGUGCGAAUGACGCCUGCUUGCCGCAUUCCUACCCGACGCAGUACUGCUCCCUGGACGAUUACCGGGCCAACCUGAAGGCCAUCAUCACGCACCCCAACAUCACAGCCCACAAGCCCACGAUCCUCCUUGUGACACCUCCGCCUCUGGACGAGACCAGGAUUCACCAGUACGAUAUCCUGGAGAACAAUCUGGAGGAACUGACUCGCAACGCUGCCAACAGCGCCAAGUAUUCCCAGGCCGCAAGAGACGUUGCGGCCGAGGUGCCCGGGACCGUCCUAGUCGACCUUCAGGACGGCCUGAUGAAGCACGCCGUUUCACUCACAGGCAAGCUGGAGUCCUUCGAGUACGACGCGGAUGGGAAGCCGCUCCUGGGCUACCUCCUGAAAGACGACGAGGGCAAGAUCAGGGGACGGCGCGGCGGGCUUGGCCAACUGCUUCCGGACGGACUGCAUCUUAGCGGCGAGGCCUACCGCGUAUUCUUCGACCUCGUCAGGCCGCACAUUGGGCCAUUCCCGGAGAAGCUCGACGACAAGGGCGAGAAAUCCGAGUUUGCCAACCCCUUUCCGGAUUGGAGGAUCCUAGCGGACGAAAGGGAGGAAGCAAAGAAAAGGUCAGCAUAG